AUGAUAACAUGGGAGAACAUUAGAAGACUCCUGCCUUCUGAUAUCGUUCAAAUCAUUAUAAACUGCAGUCUGCACUCUAUCCAGGCCCGGGCUUUCUCCCAGAACCCUCAUCUACGAUACAUAAACCUAUCCAAGAACCCUCUAACCACCUUGUCCUGGCAACUGUUCCAGAACCUGCAACUUUCCGAGCUGAGGCUGGACGGUGUGGUGUUUGACUGUGGUUGCGACGUGCGUUGGAUCCAGCUUUGGCAGCAGAGAGAAGAGGCGGGGCUUCACACCCAGAUGCUGUUCUGCAGAAACGGGGCCUUUAAGAUACGAUUGCAAAACAUGUACAUUACCUCAUGUGACGUACCAGAGGUCAGUGUAAGCCACAACAGCAGCCUGAUGAUGAUAGAGGGUGAUAAUGUAACUGUCAGCUGUAAUGGGUCAGGAGCUCCCCUCCCCGAAGUCGACUGGACCGUCGCUGGACUACACUCCAUCAACACACACCUGUCUAAUGUCUACUGGCCCAACAUCCAUUCUAUUAACCUGACGCUAGUCAACGUAAGUCGAGACGACAACGGCUUCCUGCUCACCUGCAUAGCAGAGAACCUAGUGGGAAUGACCAACGCUUCCAUCCAGUUGGCUGUACAGUUUCCACCAGUCAUCCUGAAACUGGUUGAGCCUGAGCGGCGCCAUGACACCUGCAUAGAGUUCACAGUGAGAGGCUAUCCCUACCCGACGCUGCGAUGGUACCACAAACAGAGAGAGAUCCUGCAGAGUGAGUACAUCAGGACGGAGAUGGAUUUCUACCGGGACUAUCUGGAGGGAUGUCUGACUUUUCUCAACCCAACACACUACGAUAACGGAAACUACACGCUGCAGGCCUCCAACUCCCUGGGGACCGUCACCAAGACGGUCUACGGACACUUCCUCACGGCUCCGCCCUUUGACCCUGACGAAGUAAGCCCAGUGCCAUCAGACAAUGCCAUCAGGCCGGAAGAGGAGACGUUUGGGGUGUCCAUAGCAGUAGGUCUGGCUGGUUUCACCAGUGUCCUCCUCAUCGUCCUCUUCAUUCUCAUCAACAAAUAUGGCCGACGCAACAAGUUUGGAUUGAAGGGGCCGGUGGCGGCGAUCAGUGGUGAGGAAGAAUCUGCCAGUCCUCUUCAUCACGUCAACCAUGGCAUCAUCACACCCUGUACCCUCAACGGCGAGGCUGACGAGGUGGUUAUAGGGAUGACCCAUAUACCUGUUAUAGAGAAACCACAGUACUUCAGACAAGGACAUGACUGCAACACACCCACCACCUACAUACAGCACAUUAAGCGCAGGGACAUCCUCCUGAAGAGGGAGCUGGGAGAGGGGGCAUUCGGAAAGGUCUUCCUGGCUGAGUGCUACAACCUGAUCCCCACCAAGGAUACCAUGCUGGUGGCUGUCAAGACCCUGAAACCAUCAGGUUGGUGUCCCUUUGGUUCCCAGAGCCUGAAGGACCCCAACCUGUCAGCCAGAAAAGACUUCCAGAGAGAAGCUGAGCUGCUCACCAACCUCCAGCACGACCACAUUGUUAAGUUCUAUGGGGUCUGUGUGGAUGGAGAUCCCCUCAUCAUGGUGUUUGAGUACAUGAAGAAUGGGGACCUCAACAAGUUCCUCAGAGUCCAUGGUCCAGAUGCUAUGAUCCUUGUGGAUGGCCAUCCCGUUCAAACUGAUGGAGAGCUGGGUCUGUCCCAGAUGUUACACAUCGCUACCCAGAUCUCAGCCGGCAUUGUGUACCUGGCCUCCCAGCACUUUGUCCACAGAGACCUGGCCACCAGGAACUGUCUAGUGGGCAAUGGGCUUUUGGUGAAGAUAGGAGACUUCGGGAUGUCCAGAGACAUCUACAGCACAGACUACUACAGGGUCGGAGGUCACACCAUGUUGCCGAUCCGCUGGAUGCCCCCUGAGAGCAUCAUGUACAGAAAGUUCACAACAGAAAGUGACGUUUGGAGCUUUGGAGUCAUCCUCUGGGAGAUCUUCACCUACGGGAAGCAGCCGUGGUUUCAGCUGGCCAACAACGAGGUCAUAGAGUGUUUAGUACAAGGUCAGGUCCUGGACAGGCCGAGGGUUUGUCCCAAGGAUGUGUAUGACCUGAUGCUGGCCUGCUGGCAGAGGGAACCACAGCAGAGGUUGAACAUCAAGGACAUUCAGAAGGUCCUCUAUACCAUGGGGAAAGACACACCUGUCUACCUGGAUAUACUCAGCUAGCACCAGUUCUACCUGGACGGAGUAGGGAGUUGAUCCUAGACACUCACCUUGGAUCAGUUUUGCAUUUCUCUAACCAAUGGAUAAGUUUAAGAUUGGGGAGGAGAAGCUGAUCCUAGACCUGUACCUUAAGGGAAACUUUACCCUGGAGCUUGCCUGGAUGUGUUGGGCUAAGAUGGUCUGGAUGUAAUGCUUGUUGGACAGACAGACUGAUAGACAACCAGGACAUAACCAGCCAGCCUGUUCCUUACUGUUCCACUGUCAACAGGAGCCUAAACGUUUGGGAAGGACUCAAAGUGCCUGAUCCACUAUUUCCAUAUACUGGAUAAAAGUAUCAACAAAACAAAGGUUUACAUUUUGUUUCCUGAUACAGUGUACACACCUGGUCAAUCUGUCAUGGACAGGUGUUCCUAAUGUUCUGUCCACUCAGUGUAUAUCCAGUGCAAAGUAUUCAGGACCCUUGACUUUUUCCACAUUUUGUUAUGUUACAGCCUUACUCUAAAAUUGAUUAA